AUGAGUACUUCAGAACAAAGUUCUCAACGUCAACAACAAAUUUAUUAUUCCAACCGAACACCAAAUUCGAGAGUUAGCCUGGUUGGGACUUCUGCUGCUUCUUCUCCAGUAAUGUUAAGUAAUACUCCACAACUUAGAGGAAAUGCAAAUCAAGUUGUGGUCGUUUCGGGAGAUAACCAGUUUAGAAGUAUUCCCAUUGGAAAUGUUGGUUAUCAUCCUCCUGGUUGUGCUUGUCCAAAUUGCGAAACUAAGUUUGACCCAACUUCCUUGAGUAAUAGCCAUGAUUUUUAUACUUAUAUUGGCAACGACCAAUCUAACGAUGAUGACGAUGGAAUUGUAGAAGAAUUUACAACGGGGAGUGGAGAGAGACAUGUUGUCAUUAUGACUAAAAAUGAUGCUAAUCUUUCAAUGCAAGAAAAACUUCGUCGUCAAAAAUUAUCCGAAGCAGCAAGAAAUCGUUAUGCUCUUCUCAGUGACGACGAAAAAAGAAUAUUUACUGAACGUCGCAUUAUUAUGCGUCAGCGAAAAAAACAAAAAGAACGAGAAAUGGAAGAGUUGGAGGCAAUUCUUCGUGCAACUAAUGAUAUAACAGAUGAUUUGGUGCUUUUAGAUGAACAAUCAUUGCAAAGGAAACGUGCAAGAUUAAGUCGUUAUCAAACUAUGUCGAUUGACGAGAGGCGUGAAUAUAACCAAAAAAGAAGGCUUAAACAGCUUGGAUUGCCCGAAAAUAUUGAAGAAGUUCCACGACAAAAAUUGGAACAAAUAAAAAGACAUAUUAAUGAAGUUAAUGCUAGAAAGGCUGAGGCGGCACGUCAACGGUAUCAUCGAAUGACGGCUGAUGAAAGAAAAAUUUAUAAUAGAAGACGGACUGAAUCUUUCCGGAAGCGACGUGUUGAAGAAGAGAAAUUACUUUCAACACCAGCAGGGCAGAUUACACCGGAAGCUUUGGAAAAAGCGCAAAGUAUAAUGCUAAGAAAUGCAAAAAGAGCAGAACAAGCACGUUUGAGAUAUCAAAGAAAGCAACAAGAAAGAGGUGUUGUGCCAAGAAGACAACGAAAACCAAAAACUGAACCUGCAAAUGAGUCAGCUGAGCCGAAUUUAGAUCAAAUUUUGGAUACAAUCGAACGUGAUGUUGUCAGAAAGACAGAAGAAGCACGACAAACUUUAUUAAAAAUGCAACAAAAUGAAUUGAAAAAAGAGGAAACUGUUGGCACUUUAGACGACAAACAACAUCAUUUUGUGGUCCCAGAUAGAGGAGUAGGAACAACUACUCAUACUAUAGUUCAGUCACCUAUAAAUAUUACUCAACAGCAACUUUCUGGAGGAAAUGUUGUUCAAUAUGUUCAGGUACCUGCACGAAGUGUUCCAAACGGCUUUAUCAUCGCUGACAAUAAAUUUGUUCAAGUUCAUACAGAUAGUGGAAUUCAAACGUCAGGGCCACAGUCUUAUACAGUGAUUCAAGAAGCUUCAACCUCAAAAUUCGAUGCCGGCCCAAGUAGUAGUGGAACAAGUAAUUAUUAUCCAGUUUCUAUAAUUCACCAUGAACCACCACCACAUCAACAACAACGUCAUCAUAUUACAACUUCAACUAUAGAUCAUCAUCAUCAUUUAAAUCCUCCGACACGAAUUGAAAUUGUUCAACCGACAAUAAUAACAACUAAUAAUACAAAUAAUUUUGGUGGUCAACAUACUUCAACAGCAAGUGGUUCAUCUACAACAUUAUUAGCUGCUAGUUCUUCUUCAACUUCGUUAGCAUCUUCACGUCGUCAUUAUACUAGCAAUCCAUUACAACAAAAUCAACAACAACAAACUUUUAUAAUUCCAAAAACUGAACAUCAUCAAAUUAUUGCUAGUCGUUCCUCUAUUUCUUCUGGUAUGUCAUCGUCUAAACAACGUGUUAUGGACCCUCAUAAUUCAAACGAUCAAAAAUUGUUAUUGCAAAAGGCUAAACGUGCAGAACGUGCAAGGAGAAGAUACCAUGAAAUGUCUGCUGAAGCACGUCAUGAAUUUAAUGCUAAAAGAGCACUUUCUUUAAAAAUGGCAAGACUGAGGGAUGAAGAAUUGUGUCGUUUGGGUGAUGAUAUGAAUACAAAAGGACAAGAACCAGAGGAUAGUCUUCGCACUGCUAUUGAACAAGCCAGAUUGCGUAGAGCCAAGAGAGCAGAAGCUGCUCGCGUUAAAUAUCAAAUGACAAGUGAACAGAGGAAAGCACAUAAUGCAAUGCGUGAUGCUCAGAGAAGGCAAAGAAAGCGUGAAUUGGAGGAUACUGUGACUGUUGUGAAACAAUGA